AGGCUCGUGCCCCAGGCCGCGGCGUGCCUUCCGAUUCCUCCCCAGUCUCGAGAGAGCCUCGGGAGCCCUCGAGGGGAGGAGGCUGCGCUGCGCAGGGAGGGAGGGGAGGAGGUCGGAGUUGGGACGGACCCCGGCUGGAGAGCUGCGAGUCUGGCAAAAACUGUCCCCUCCCCACUUCUCUCUUUCCACGCCUCCCCUGCUCCGGUGUAGUUUUGGGCCGGGAGGUGCUGCGCGGCAGCUCCCCGAGGGCCUGGCCUGGCCAAGGCCCGUUCUUCCCUUAGCACGCUGGUGAGAGCUAGAAAAGCGCGGCGCGCCUCAGUUUCCCCUCUGGCUUCUCCCGUGUACACCCCGCCCCCUUUCCGCAACCCUGGACAUGCUCCCCGCGCCGGUCCUCGGCAGAUGGCAGGGACUUAAUUCCGGCCGCUGCCCAGCUUGGCGGCAGCCUAAUCGCCCCCGGCCGCCGGCCCCUCGCCCUCCUCUGCGCAGCAGGCCCCGGGCCAGGGAAAGGGACGCGGAGCCCCCAUCCGACCCAGGCCAGUUCACCCUCUUCCUGUUCAGCCCCUUCCUUUGGCUUUUGGGGAAGAACAGAGGGAAGGAGGGGGGCUGGAGCCCAAGAGACAGGGCGCAGCAGCCGCGGAAAGGCCUGAGCCGUGGGGCGGGGAAGCCUCUUCGGCCUUGAGCUCCGCUGCUUGAUCUACUGUCUGCUCCUGGCUCUCCGAUGACCUCUAAGUCACUUGGACGCCAAAGGGGGAGUUGCUUGGGGGAGGCAAGUUUGCAGAUGUUUGCUCAUAGUCCCCACUGAUCUGUGCUCCACCAGCCCACUUUUCUGAGGGCCUGAGCGGAAGGUAGCUUUGGUCUCUCGGGGUCGGGAGGGAGCCGGCCAGGGGAGGGCCCUAGCGAUCCAGCUGGGCAGAGGCAAGGGGCGGAGGGCUUUGUUUAAACCCAGAUCCUGUAAAUUAAGUAGAGGGGGAUGAGAGGAGCACUCCCCUUUCGUUCUUCCUGUAGUUGGUACCCUCUCCCUCCACCCCCAUCUUGGUCCCAGCAAUGCCAGCUGCCACCUGCUGGGACUAUCUCCAGUUACAGUCUAAAGGCUGGAAAGAGGUCUGGGACCUGUUGCCAUGGGGGACAUGAAGACCCCUGAUUUUGAUGACCUGCUUGCUGCCUUUGACAUCCCCGACAUUGAUGCAAAUGAAGCCAUCCACUCUGGGCCAGAAGAAAAUGAGGGGCCAGGAGGCUCAGGAAAGCCAGAACCCAGUGUAGGAGGUGAAUCUGGAGAAGCAACAGCAGUGGCUGCCGGGGAUGGCCCUGGGUUGCCCGCCCAGGCCUCUGACCAUGGCCUGCCACCGCCAGACGUCUCGGCAGUCAGCGUCAUUGUCAAGAACACUGUGUGUCCUGAGCAGUCGGAGUCCCUGGCUGAGAGUUCAGGAGGGGAAGGGGCCCGGGCUGGGGGAGUGACUAAGGAAGGGUCUAUGGGACCUCGUCUAAUGCAAAAUGGUUUUGGGGGCCCUGAGCCAUCCCUUCCAGGAACCCCGCACUCUCCAGCUCCUCCCAGUGGGGGUAACUGGAAAGAAAAAUCCAUGGAAGGCAAAGCUCCCCUGGACCUCUUUGCUCAUUUUGGGCCUGAGCCAGGGGAGCACCCCGAUCCCCUUCCUCCCUCUGCGCCCUCCCCACCUCGGGAAGGGGCCAUGACCCCACCUCCUUUCUCCUCUCCCUUUGAGCUGGCCCGGGAGAAUGGCCCAGCCCUGCUGCCCCCUGGUUCUCCCCCACUGCUGGGGGCCUUGAAGCAGGAAAGCUGCAGCCCUCUUCAUCCCCAGAGCCUACCAGGCUCAGGCUCAGGCUCAGGCUCUAGCCCUGAGGCCACGGGCGUCCCUGCCAGUGUCUCCCCUUCCCGGGUUGCAGGGGUGUCCUUCUUCAAGAAGUCUCCAGGGCACCAGAGCCCUCUUGCCUCCCCUAAAAUGCCCAGCUGUCAGCCCCUAAAGGAAGAAGAGGAUGAGGGACCAGUGGACAAGUCUCCCCCAGGAAGUCCCCAGAGUCCCUCUAGUGGAGCCGAGGCUGCAGAUGAGGACAGCAAUGACUCCCCUGCCUCCUCCAGCUCCUCUAGGCCCCUCAAGGUACGGAUUAAGACCAUUAAAACAUCCUGCGGGAAUAUCACAAGGACUGUAACCCGGGUCCCCUCAGACCCUGAUCCCCCUGCCCCCUUGCCUGAAGGGGGCUUCCUGGCAGAGGCUAGCCUCCUGAAGCUGUCCCCCGCAACCCCGACCCCUGAGGGUCCAAAGGUGGUGAGUGUCCAGCUGGGUGAUGGCACGAGGCUAAAGGGCACCGUGCUGCCCGUGGCCACCAUCCAGAACGCAAGCACUGCCAUGCUGAUGGCAGCCAGUGUGGCCCGCAAAGCCGUGGUUCUGCCUGGAGGCACUGCCCCCAGCCCUAAGACGAUGGCUAAGAAUGUGCUGGGUCUAGUGCCCCAAGCGCUGCCCAAGGCUGAGGGGAGGGCAGGGCUGGGGGCCGGGGGGCAGAAGGUGAACGGUGCCUCGGUGGUGAUGGUGCAGCCCUCUAAGCCGGCCACUGGGCCGGGGGCAGGGGGUGGCACUGUGAUCUCACGGACCCAGUCCAGCCUGGUGGAGGCCUUCAACAAGAUCCUCAACAGCAAGAACCUGCUGCCUGCCUACCGGCCAAACCUGAGUCCACCGGCUGAGGCCGGGCUGGCCCUGCCGCCCACGGGCUACCGCUGCCUUGAGUGUGGGGACGCCUUCUCGUUGGAGAAGAGCCUGGCGCGACACUAUGACCGCCGGAGCAUGCGCAUUGAGGUCACCUGCAACCACUGCGCCCGCCGCCUAGUCUUCUUCAACAAGUGCAGCCUGCUGCUGCACGCCCGCGAGCACAAGGACAAGGGGCUCGUCAUGCAGUGCUCGCACCUGGUCAUGAGGCCGGUGGCCCUGGACCAGAUGGUGGGGCAGCCGGACAUCACGCCCCUGCUGGCUGUCCCACCUGCCCUCGGACCUCCAGCCUUGCCUGCCUUGGGCAAGGGUGACGGGGCUGUCACCUCCUCCGCUGUUACUGCAGUUGCCGCUGAGGCCCCUGUGCUGCCACUCUCAGCUGAGCCGCCUGCCGCCCCGGCCACCUCUGCUUACACCUGCUUCCGCUGCCUGGAGUGCAAGGAGCAGUGCCGGGACAAGGCCGGCAUGGCUACCCACUUCCAGCAGCUCGGGCCCCCCGCCCCUGGCGCCACCAGCAAUGUGUGCCCAACCUGCCCCAUGAUGCUCCCCAAUCGCUGCAGCUUCAGCGCCCACCAGCGCAUGCAUAAGAACCGGCCUCCCCACGUCUGCCCGGAGUGUGGGGGCAACUUUCUGCAAGCCAAUUUUCAGACCCACCUCCGGGAGGCCUGUCUGCAUUUCUCUCGCCGCGUAGGAUACAGGUGCCCCAGCUGUGCAGUGGUGUUUGGGGGUGUGAACUCCAUCAAGUCCCACAUCCAGACGUCACACUGCGAGGUUUUCCACAAGUGCCCCAUCUGCCCCAUGGCCUUCAAGUCUGCACCCAGCGCCCACGCCCACCUCUACACCCAGCAUCCCAGCUUCCACACGCAGCAGGCCAAGAUGAUCUACAAGUGUGCCAUGUGUGACACAGUCUUCACUCACAAGCCCCUCCUCUCCUCGCACUUCGACCAGCACUUGCUGCCCCAGCGUGUCAGCGUCUUUAAGUGCCCAUCUUGUCCUCUGCUUUUUGCCCAAAAAAGGACCAUGCUGGAACAUCUCAAGAACACCCAUCAGUCUGGGCGCUCGGGGGAGGAGACUCCUGGGAAAGGGGCCGGGGGUGCCCUUCUGACCCCCAAGACUGAGCCUGAGGAGCUGGCUGUGUCUCGGGGAGGAGCAGCUGCCCCUACUGAGGAAUCUUCUUCAUCCUCAGAAGAGGAAGAACUGCCCAGCUCCCCUGAGCCCCCUCGCCCAACCAAACGGCCCCGGCGAGAACUGGGGAGCAAAGGCGUCAAGGGCGGGGGUGGGGGCCCUGGAGGCUGGACCUGUGGCCUUUGUCACUCCUGGUUCCCUGAGCGUGACGAGUAUGUGGGCCACAUGAAGAAGGAGCAUGGCAAGUCAGUGAAAAAGUUUCCCUGUCGCCUGUGUGAGCGCUCCUUCUGCUCUGCCCCCAGCCUGAGGCGCCACGUCAGGGUCAAUCACGAGGGUAUCAAGCGAGUUUACCCAUGCAGGUAUUGCACAGAGGGAAAACGCACCUUCAGCAGCCGCCUGAUCCUGGAGAAACACGUCCAGGUCCGGCACGGCUUGCCGCUCGGGGCCCAGUCCCCUGGCCGGGGGAGCGCCCUGGCUCGGGGCCCUGGUGCCAGAGCCCAGGGGCCGGGACGGAAACGCCGCCAGUCCUCUGACUCUUGCAGUGAGGAGCCUGACAGCACGACACCUCCAGCCAAGUCCCCCAGGGGCGGCCCCGCGGCGGGAGGCCACGGCCCCCUGCGCUACCGGAGCAGCAGCUCAGCGGAGCAGAGCCUCAUGGUGGGGUUGAGGGUGGAUGGCGGCGCCCAGCAGUGCCUCGACUGCGGCUUGUGCUUCGCCUCCCCUGGCUCCCUGAGCCGGCACCGUUUCAUCAGCCACAAGAAGAAACGGGGUGCGGGGAGCGCCAGUGCCCUGGGCCUGGGGGAUGGGGAGGAAGAAGCGCCCCCUCCUUCCAGGUCUGACCCAGAGGGGGGAGAUUCACCCUUGCCAGCUUCUGGAGGCCCACUGACAUGUAAGGUCUGUGGCAAGAGCUGCGACAGCCCUCUCAACCUCAAGACCCAUUUCCGCACACACGGCAUGGCAUUCAUCAGGGCUCGGCAAGGGGGCAGUGGGGACAACUAGGGCCCAGGCCUGGACUCACUAGCCCCUUCCCUCUUCCUUGGGAGCCUGGGUCACUGCUGCUGCCUGGUCCCUGGGCUGGGGAGUUCCAUUAGAAUUCAUGUUUUGUUCAACUCCUCUCCCGCUAACCCCCAAGGACAAGCUUUUGAGAAUGGUAGUUAUUUGAGGUUCCUGCCUUGGGUUUGGCCCUUGGGUCCUAGUAGAGUGGGUCCUCCAUUCCUUUUUUCUGAGCCCAACACUAAUUAUUUUCUUGCUGCAGCCCCCCAUGUGGGACGGGGGGUGUGGGAGGACGGGAAGGCCCAAUGCUGGGGUGGUCAGGGGCACUCUCCUCAACCCCUGUGGGCACAGAUGGCAGCCCUGGCCUUGCCCUAGUGCCCCCCCUCAGACUCCCUGGCACUCAAGCCCUCCACCCCUGCAGUGCCUUUCACUUAUCUUUUUUUUUUUCCCCCAGAAAUCGGGGCGGGGGGAGGGGGGUUGGUGGAGAUGAGUCCUGUCAAGGGGGUCCCAGGGAGAGGAGGGGACAGGCUCUCAGGAAUCCUUUAUUCUUGUAGUAAUAAUAAUACUAACAAACUGGGGGAAAUGGGAAGGAGAAAACCAGACCAUUAAAACUGCUCGUGGUUUAAUCCCCA